AUGUUAAGACUUGAAUAACAAUAGUAAGUUACAUUCCAAUCUAAUCCUGAAUAAAUGUAUCAUCAAGAAUUUGAAUAACCACAUGAACCAGCCAUGUAUUUGUCUUUAAGUACAUAUUUAUUCAUUUUUAGAUUAUCAUAAGACUCAUUAAUAGAUAUCCUCUUAAGCAUCCUAGUUUAAUUAGCAUUCCAAAUUGUUUGAUUUAAAGAAAAAAUAUCUUAAAAAUAGAGAAGAUACUUAAAGACGAUCAUUAUCUCAUCAUAAUAGAAUUCCUCUUAAUCGUUCACCUCCAAAGACUCAACAGAUAAAAAAAUAAUAUUCACCAAAACAAGAAAAUAAUCAACCUUAAUUAAAAAAAAAGACACUUCCUAUAUCAAAAAAUCUAGGUAGCAAUUUGAGAAAUAUUCUUAAAACUAAUUAUGCAUAAUAACCUAUUUUUGAAGAGAAUCCAUAAAAUGAAAACAUAAGAAAAUAAUAUUCUGAAAUUGUUGAAAUUCCUUUAGAAUAUUAAUAAUUCAAUAGUUAUACUUUUAUAAAAACACUUGGUAUUGGAGCAACUGCUGAAGUUAAAAUGGCUAGACAUAAAGAAUUAGAGAUUGAUGUUGCUAUUAAAAUUUAUGAUAAAAAAAAAAUGAAUAAUAUGCAUUUAAAAAACUUGGAGAGAGAAAUUGAUAUCUUAAAUCAACUUAAGCAUCCAAAUAUAAUUAAUUUAUACCAUAUGUUUGAAAAUGAUAAAUCUAUUUAUUUAGUCAUGGAAUAUUCAUCACCAACUAAUUUAGAGAUUUUUAUGAAAGGAAGGCCAUUUAAAAGAAUAAAUGAAGAUGAAGCUAAAAUUUUAUUUCGACAAAUUUCAGAUGCUGUUUAUUAUAUGCAUUAACAAGAUAUUUGUCAUAGAGAUCUCAAAUUUGAAAAUCUUUUAAUAGAUUAUAAUACUAGAAAAAUUAAACUUAUUGAUUUUGGAUAUUCUAUUAAAAUACAAGGAAAAUAGACCUGUUCAUGUGGUACUCCUUAAUAUAUGGCCCCAGAAUUGGUAAAAAAAGGAACUUAUGAUCAAUCUGUAGAUAUUUGGGCUUGUGGAGUUAUCCUUUUUAAAAUAGUAACAGGAGUAUUUCCUUUUAGAGGAAAUUCUGAGAAAGAUUUAAAUAAGAAAAUUUGUUUAGGAAAAAUUGAAUAUCCAUCAUUUAUUUCGCCAUUAGUUAAAUAAUUAAUUUCUGGUAUGCUCAGAGUAGAUCCAAAAGAAAGAUUGUCAAUACAAGAGGUUUAAUAAAGUUAAUGGUUAUAGUGA